GUGUAAUCGUGUACCACGGACAGGGAGGAAGCGUUUAUCAAUAGUAAACUGCGCAUGCGCAAAAACUUGCCUUGAAGGGGCAUCCUGUUUCCUAUGGCAACACACAUGUCCUAUUGCUAUGCACUGCCAAUCGAUCGAUAAGGUAGUGUUGAUAGAAUUUAAAAGAUGAAAUGGCUUGAUUUUUUUUCGUGUUUUUCCUUAUUGUUUCACUGAAGUUGUAUUUAAACUUAAUACAAAAUGGAAGAUUGGAAUCAAGGUGGAAAUUUUAUAAACAAACCAAUCCGUGGAUGGUUGCAUCCAGAUCAAAAAAUAGCUGACAGCGGAAUUGCUUAUGGUGUCAGAUAUAUAGGAUGCCUGGAAGUCAAUACUUCUAUGAAGAGCUUAGAUUUUGAUACAAGAUCUCUCAUAGCAAAAGAAUGCAUUACAAAAUUGUGUGAAAUAGCUGGCUUAAAAACUCCUGAUAAAAAAAGAAAAAUCGAUAAAAGAAUAGUAAAAAUGCUUGCUGAAAAACCAAAUAUGGAUCAUGCUGGUGCUAAUGUUAGUCUAACUAUAACUAGUUCUUAUUUGAAUCUUGUAUCUAUGGAAACUGGAGAUGUGAUAGCCUAUCAUGAGAUGCCAAAAAUAUCAUUUGCCUCUGGCGGUGAUGCUGAUACAAUGGAUUUUGUUUCUUAUGUUGCCAAAGACCAACGCUAUGGUCGUGCAUGUUUUGUUCUUGAAUGCGGUGGUGGACUUGCCCAAGAUGUCAUUACUACUAUAGGACAAGCAUUUGAACUGCGCUAUAAACAAUUUUUAAAGAAAACUCCUGCCACCAGGAAUGAAACUGAAUUACAUCAAGCUUCUCAUCUAAAUGGAAAUUUGAUAGCACCGAGGGAAGAUCCUGAAUAUUAUAAUGAUCUUCCUGGUAAAGUUCCUCCGGAUGUAAUAGCCAAUGCUGCAUUUUUGGAUAAUGAAUCUGUCAAAAGUGGUAGUGAGCCUAGCCCAACAAGAAAAGAAGCGAAUGCAAAUUUUCAACCAUACCCUGUUCCAUAUGCUACCACGCCUAUACAAAAAGAAUUUCCUGAUAGUCUAAUUGAUCUUACAACCAAUACAAAUUAUGUUUCAGUUUAUAGGCGCCCUGGACCAGAAUAUGUUAACACUACAGCUGUUAUUUCAAAUGAAAGAGGCACUGAUGUUAGCACUAAGACUAAGGCUGUAAAUCACGAUAUUUUUGACAUGCAACCUUUUAGUGCUAGCUUAAGUGCUAUUCAAAAUGAGCCACCAUCCAUUGAUUCAUUACUGGGAUUGUCUACUUCUGAAGCAGCAGCAAUUGCUAGUCCUCUUCCAUUAAAUAAGCCACUUGCUAAAAUAGAUGCUGAGAAGACUCUAUUACUCGAAGAGCCCUGGUUUCACGGUCCAAUUAGCAGGCAAGAAAGUGAAGCUCUUGUCGUGAAAGAUGGUGACUUUUUGGUUCGAGAAUCUCAAACCACCCCUGGUCAGUAUGUGUUAACAGGAAUGCAAAAACUACAAAGAAAGCAUUUAUUACUUGUUGAUCCAGAAGGAGUAAUAAGGACUAAAGACCAUAUAUUUGAUAGUAUUAGUCACCUAAUAAAGCACCAUAGAGACAAUUGCUUGCCAAUCAUAUCCGCAGAAAGUGCCUUACUUUUAAGAACACCUGUGUGCAGACAGCGACCAAUAUCUAAAGCAGUCCAUGUAUAGUUUUUUUUUGUGUACAGAUUUUAUUUUAUCACAUUUUACAAUUGAGAGAUUUGAGAUCAAUCUAAAUUUUGCAUUUGAUCAGAUCACAUAUUUUUCAACUUUAGAUAUUUAACUUAAUCCCAUUUAAUGGUUACUUUUUUUAAAAAACCAGUUUGGGUUAUUUGAAACAAGGUAUUUUUAAAUUUCACAUCGUAUUUUUUUAAGCAACCCUUCGAAGCCAAAUUUUAAACAUAACUGAAAAAUUACAUAUUUCGUAUAAAUAAAAAAAAAAAUGGUUUUAUAAAAUUAUUAAGUCAAAAAGCCUAUUUACAAGUUUGUGAAUUGUUAACUUCAAAACAUAGUUUAUUAUUUAAUAGAUUAAAUCUAAAAGUUUAAUUUUAUGUGUAAAUGCUGUAAUUAUUUGUUAGCUUUUAAGAUUCUUAAAUGAUAUUUGCCUUAUCCUUGAUUUCCUAUACAUAUUUUUUAAUGUCCUGUAUAAAAAUAUAAUUUUUUCAUUUAAAAAUAAGAAACUUAUUUGUAAAUUGUUUUUAAAAAAUCUAGUUGUUCCCUUAAACUUUCCUUUUUCUUUUUAAAGUAACAAAUGAAUUUACUAAACUCUUAGUUAGGAUUUAUUUAUUGCACAUGUACAUAUUUGUUUGAAUCUGAGAACUUCUUUUAAAUUUGGUAUAGUUUUUUUAAAAUGUCUUCCAAGAUUCCUUAUUAGUCACUUUUUUGUUCACUGGGAUACUUGCUUUUUUACACUUUUUUUUUUACAUGAAUAGUUUGAACGUGAUUUGUUAAGGUCUUUGUUAUUUUAAGCAUUGUUUGUAUAGCAGUUAAUAUCAUUGUAAUUUUUGUAAAAUAAAUAUUUUAAAUUGUUAA